AUGAGACAUUCUCAAUACGAUUCUGUCGAAGCGAAAGCAUUUUGGAGAAGAAUGGAGCUCACGAAACGCGUUCUAGUCACAUAUCAUGGAUUCCUCAUGCACUCUCGUGGCACUAUCUAUAUACGAAAGGAGUCUCUCACCCUUGGGACGGUCUUAAAAGGCACUAUGAAUUUGCGCUCUACCGAUCCACGCGACAAGAUAUAUGGUAUUCUCGGCUUGCUAAGCGAGAAGGCUAGAGCCGCAAUUCCCAUUGACUACCACAAGCCGCAAGAAUGGACAUUUGUACCGACGAUUACUUACAUCAUACAGCAAGUAUUUUUGCGUGGGAGUUAUGUAAACCACGAUUGGGAAUGGCCUGAAGAUGUCAGAGCCACCGUUUCCAUGGACGGAACUACACUUUGCGCCUUCAUGGCCAGCUUUGGUCGCGUUACACAUAUUGUUUCAUUCGUCGAUGGAGAUCGUGAUUACUACGUCUCGCGAUUCAAGGGGAUUGAGGCCCUUCUUAACGCUCAAGCACCUGGAAGUGAACCACUUUGGCGCACACUUAUUGGUAUCCGCAAUACCGAUCAGAGAUCGAUAGUAAAAUACCCCGGAAUCUUUGAAGUAUUGAUCGGGCGAGCUCCGGAGCAGGAUGGCGAGGCGCAAAAGAUGUUUCAAGACGCAAUUUUGCCUAUUGUUCGGAAACGCAAGUUCUUUGUCACAGAUAAAGGGUUUGCAGGUGUGGCUACACCGAUGAUUCGGGAUGGCGAUACAAUCGCCAUUAUAGCGGGAAUGGGUAGGGCAGCAAUCCUCAGAGACAAUGAUUCCAAGGAAUUGGAAAUUGAGGGGAGGUUAGACGAAGGGAGAGAAUCUAAGCGGGUCACGGGGUUUGCAUAUGUGGGAUGCCAUGGUAGAGCUGGAUUUGAGUCUCUGGAUAAGGAGAACAUAGGAGAUCUGGGAAGAAAUAGUUGCAUUGCGAGAGAUCUAGAGCAGUGUCAUAAGUUCAGUACCCCACUUUUCAGCCACCCCACUUUUCGGCCACCUCAUAAAAUAUAUAUAUACAAUUUUUAA